GGAAGUGUAUUGUCGGACAUUAUUUUACGGAGAGGAGACGCGUCUAAUUUUCUUUAGAAUGUGUAAACCUUACGUUUGAUUAGUGAUCGUGAUUUUAGAACAGAACUCUUGUAUCAUCGCACAAUAAGGAAACGGCACGAACUAUAAACGAAAGAGAAUUUCAGCAAUGUCACAACCAUCGCAAUAUAUCCAAGGGAUGAUCGGACCAGUGAAUAUGGCCAACAUGAAUUCCUAUGGGAAUAUGGCCACAAUGGGAGGAGGAAACCGACUUGACCCAGCUAACAACAACAUGCCACUGAGCUUCAACACAGGGAAGAAUAAACCACCAAUGGCCAGAAGCAGUACUGAGUAUGGAGAAUCAAGUCGUCAAGUCGUCCCAGACGAAUCCCCCUCCAGCACGACUGAGGGCAUGCUGCAGCAGCAGCAGCAACAGCAUCAGGGGAACAUGCUGCCUGGUGGCAGUGACAUGUACAACAUGGGGUACGGGGGCCACAUGGGGUACAGCGGAGAUCCAUCCAUGAUGAUGAUAGGAUCUAUGAUGAACCAGUAUGGCAUGAACAUGAUGGGGCAGAUGGGCCCCUUGCCCAGCUACGCUGAGAGAGAAGUGAUCACACUCAAGAGCUGUGUGCUGUACCCCCCUCCCCCAGGUGCUCCUCCUCGUAGCGUGCGAGAACGUCCCCCUGGUUGUCGCACAGCUUUCAUCGGGGGACUGCCCGAGAACACCACUGAAGAAAUCCUACAGGAAGUGUUCGAGAAGUGUGGCAACAUCGUCAGCAUCCGACUCAGCAAGAAGAACUUCUCCCACAUCAGAUUCGAGUUUCAUGACAGUGUCGAGAGGGCUCUCUUCAUCUCAGGUUAUCGAAUGAAGAUCGACAACGAUGACGACAAGGCCAACACUGGUCGAAUCCAUGUGGACUAUGCACUGGCCCGCGAUGACCAGUAUGAGUGGGAGUGCCAGCAGCGUGCGCUGGCCAGGGAGAUGCGACACCAGCAGCGCAUCGAGGAGGACCUCAUGAGACCUCCAAGUCCUCCCCCACCCAUUGUCUUCUCCGAACACGAGGCACUGUCACUCACUGAAAAGCUGAAAAGUGAUGAGGAUUUCAUGAAUGCAUCUGAGAUUCUGGUUUCCUGGAUGGAGAAGGGCGACUGUAAUAGGCGCACCAACGCCUCCUUCUACAGCAUGAUCCAGUGUAUCAAUUCCCACGUGCGCCGUUUGCUCAUGGAGAAGCAGCAGAACGAGGAGGAGGUGCAGCGGGUGAAGCAGCAGUCAAUGUUCCGCUUCCAGGACAUCAUCAGGCAAUUUGAUCAGAUAGCGCGGGUAUUUAGCACCGCCACCAAACAGCGAGCAUGGGAUCACUUCACCAAGGCUCAACGCAAGAACAUUGACGUCUGGUGCAAACAAGCAGAGGAGAUCCGAGUUGCCCAGCAGGAGGAGUUCCUCAGUGAAAGACAAGAGGACGAAAUGGAGAUGUCUGAUGAGGAUGGUGAUGGACCAGCCAAGAAGAGGAAGACCGACACAGCCGGCCAGGCACCCGGUGCAGGCUAUAUUCCAGGGGACACCAGCAGUGUGGUCAACAGUCUGAAGGAUGAGAAUGACACACUGAAAUGUCAGAUGGAGGCAUACAAGAACGAGGUGGACUUGAUCAAACAAGAGUCUCUCAACUCACUGGAGGAGAAGGACAAACAGAUCCGAGCCUUACAGAACGCUCUACAGGGGAUGCAGCAGCAACUGAUCAGCUCCCAGCAGCAGAUGAAGAAGUCGGAGCAGCUGUACAAGGAGAAAGAGAAGUUGCUGGAGCUGGAGCGAGCCCGAAACAAGGCCGACACUGCCAACCGGUCAGAAGACAAGACAGAAGACAAGUCUGGGGACAGGCCGGAGGACCAGCCACAGGACAAGGAGGACACAGAGAAAGCAGCAGAGGACAAAGAGUCACAGUCAGCUGAGGAGACGAGCAAGGAGAAGGCUCCUACCUUUGAUGUGAUCACCAUCCCUGAGAUCCAAUCCAUCCCUGGCCUCAGCAGCAUUGAGUCCACUGUCAGCAGUUCGGCCAUCAACCUGUCUGGCAAGGAGGCCAAGAUACUAGGUCUCAUCACCUGUUUUCUCCAUGUUCAUCCGUUUGGGGCAUCCGUGGACUACUUGUGGUCAUACCUAAACCAGAUGAUCUCAUGUCGACCACGGGAGAUUGAAGACCUGGUUGAACGUCUGCCUAUGCUGUUCAAACAAGAGCUGCAGGGAGUCGGGGCUCGGCUGGAGCGGAGAUGGGUGUUCACCGGCUACUCCAGCAGCACAAACACCGAUGCCAGCAGCUCCUUCUGGACUAGUCGUGACAAGUAAUCGUGUUGAAUAGAUUCAUCAUUUGUCUCAUCAGUCGAGGGAUAGAAUUUAACACCAGCUAUGAAUCUGUUGGUUUUGUCAGCUGUUAAAUUUACAAUACAUGGAAAUUAACUAAAUAGGUAAGAGCAACGAUUGUGGCUUGAGUUUCAGGGAGACUUUUCUCCCCUGUCAGUAUCAGGAGUUGCUGUCGUGUAGGCUGGGGGAUAUCUUUAAACCUGAUGUGGAAGUUCCUGCUGUAUACGCUGGCACUGUUACCAUGGAGAUCAAUAAGUAGCUCCUGAAAUAAGCCUUAUCAGUGUUGAUCAUUUCUUGUGA